ACAAAACAAAACCAAACUUUAGCAAUGGUUUUAUGAGUGAAUAUUUUUUGAAAAAAAUUUGGCCCUGAUGGUGGACACAACUAUAGAAACGCAGCUAACUUAAGAACGUACAUUAAGUGAAUACCUUUCGAGAACAAGAUGGGAAAUUGUUCAUCUUAUUGUUUGACUUGCUGUUGCAAGCAGUGUAAAAACCAAAAUGUAAACGAAGAAAUUCCUCACAGCCCCCCCGUUUCAGUAAUAACUGAACAACCAUCUUCAUCAAGAAACAAUACCAAUAAUACAAAUAAUAACAAGAAUGCUACAGAUAAUUCAGAGAUAAGUAGAAAAAUAAGGGCAAAAGAUAGUUUAAGAGGAGAACCUUCAAAUAUUUCAUCAACUUUAAAAUAUCCAGAAAAAACUGAUUCAAUAGAGACUUUUAGGAGAAAGUACAAAAAUCAAUUAUUGCUAGAUUAUAGUAGAUUUGUACCAGAGAGUAAUAAUAAUAAUAAUAAAGUUGUUGCAGAUAAUUCGAAAGAAAAUAUAAAAGCAAAGGAAUUGGUUAAAAAAGAUAGUUCAAGACAUGAACCCACAAAAAUUUCAUCAAAUUUAAAAUAUACAAUUUUAACAGAGUCUUUACGAAGGAAAUCCUCAACUAUUUCAGCAAAUUCGAAUUAUUUUAAGAAAAAGUAUGGAGAAAUAACUAUAGUAAAAGGCGAAUUUGUAAAAAAACAUGGUUUAAGAAGAAGGUCUUCAAAUGAUUCAGAAAAAUCAAACUCAUCAGAGUUAGGUAGAGAAAUAAUAAACAAAAUAAAAACUUUAAGAAUAUCGAAAUUUACCCGAUCUCAAACAGUAACAGAAAAUUCAGAAAUUUUAACACAAUUACUGUUAGAAGAAGGUGAAUUUGGAAAUUUCACAGAACCACUAAUUAAUAAUCCAGAUAAGAUCUAUACAUUAAAACAGUUGGAUGAAAAUUCUACAGAAUACACGUUAAUAUCAAAUUUUUUUACAUCUACCAACAAGCGUUGUUACACUAUACAAAAGAUCGAAGAAAUGUUUAAUCCUUAUUUAUUUUUACAAUACAGACUAAAAUAUUUGGAAUAUAUAGCCAAGAAAAAAAAUGUUAAUGAAUGGAUGAUGUUUCAUGGCACUAAAAAAAGCAACUUAGACAACAUUUGCCGGAGUAAUUUCAAUUGGAGACUAAACGGUCUAAAAUUCGGAUCGAAAAAUGGGAAAGGCGUUAAUUUCGCAUCGAAUGCUUAUUAUUCCACCCAUUACGGAGAUACUGGAUUCGAUAAGAUGAUGAUACUAGCCAAAGUUUUGAUCGGAAAGAGUCGUCAGGGAUCAGCGACCCUUUUAGUACCUCCAGGAGAUGUCGAUACCACAACGGAUCACAGAGAACCACCCCAAGUGUACGUUAAAUAUGAUGAUAACACUUUUUACCCAGCUUACAUAAUUUAUUAUAAAGGAAUUGAUCAGAAUCCGAAAUAUCCCAAUGGAGGAUUAAGAGGUAGAGGAAGGGGAAGAAUUAUACGUAGAAGAAUUGUAUAUAACCGAAACAUUGUUUAAAUAUACAAGUAAUUAAUAUUGUUUUCAAGGCAACAAUUUAAAAAUAAUUAUAUAGAGUUUUCCAAAAGCGAGGAUAUGUCAAAUAUAAUAUAAAAUACGCAGUGUGUUUCAUUUAAAAAAAGACAUUAAAGGAAAAAUGCAGGCCUAUUAAUUGGAUUUAAUGACACAGUGACUUCGGCUCAACUGGCGGCAGUAGUGACCUAUAUAUGCAAGCCUUUCAAUUAUAAAAGUUAAAUGGCUAGCAUUACAAUUGGAGGGUAACAGUUAUUGGGCCUUUUAUUACCCUGCAC